AUGGCUCAGCGCCAGGGCACUCAUGUGCCUGCUGUGCGUGCUGCUUCGGAGAAGAAUCUCGGCAUCACGCAACGCUCAGCCUCCAUUAACUUCUCAUGGACCGGUGACAUCAGGAAGCGUUAUACCGACUUCCUCGUCUACGAAAUCCGCAAGGAUGGCACGACUGUUCAUCUCCACGAGUAUGAAGAGCAGGAGUUAGCAGUCCCCAAAGCUGCGCCUCCCAAACCUACACCAGAAAUUGUCGCUCCUCCCACCGAGCCGGAGAUCAAGCCUAUCUCCGAUGAAGACAGACAGAAGCUGGUCAGCUUGAUCAACGAGUCAGCCACCGAAAAGCUGGUCAAGCUUGACGAAGCUGUUCAGGCAAAAAAGACCAUUACCCCCGAGGAGCGCACUGUCACCUUCGACCCCAUCACAGAUCGGGCUCUGCGCGCCAGCCUCCAUCAGGAGAUUCGUCGGAUAUUCUCUAACCGCAUCGAGACACUCGCAAACAACACUGGUGUCAUCACUGCUUCUCCAUCAAAAUUCUCAAGGAACAACCGUGUCGGUGGAAAUGGUCCCCGUGCCAACAACAGCCGCUCCGGGGACAAGAGCAAGAGCUUCACCCAGCUGGGCGGAGAGUAUCUCCACUUUACCAUGUACAAGGAGAACAAGGACACCAUGGACGCAGUCAACACCAUCGCGCGUCUCCUCAAGGUCAAGGCCACUAACUUCGGGUUCGCCGGGACCAAGGACCGCCGUGCUGGCACCGUUCAGCGCAUCAGCGUCUAUCGCCAGCGCGCGUCCAACCUUAUUUGGCUGAACACACGCCUCCCUAACAUCAAGGUCGGCGACUUCAACCAUGCUAACGAGCCUCUCCAGCUCGGCCAGCACGGCGGCAACGAGUUUGUUAUCACCCUCAAGAAUUGCCAACCUCUUGGAGGCGCGGGCUGCUCGGUCAACCAACGCGUAAGGAAGCUCAGGGAGGCUGUUGAGUUUGGCUUGGCCUACCUCAAUCGCCAUGGCUAUAUCAAUUACUAUGGUCUCCAGCGUUUCGGCACUUACGCGAUUGGCACCCACCUCCUGGGCAUGAAGGUGCUGAAGGAGGACUACGAGGGUGUGCUUGACGACAUUCUUCAUGUUGAAGAUCAUUUCCUCCAAGAGGCAUUUGAUCUUGAAGAGCAGGAGCCUGUCCAUACCAACGACUUUCAUAACAGCCGCGAUGAUUACAAUCGCGCUAAGGCCAUCACCAUCUGGAGGACCACCAGAAAUGCCCAGAAGGCUUUGGCCAUCCUUCCGAAGCGGUUCAGCUCGGAGGCCGCUAUCAUUCGUCACCUUGGUAACAACUCGAGAGACUUCAUGGGCGCCCUCUUGAGCAUUACCCGUGGCAUGCGCAUGAUGUAUAUUCAUGCUUACCAGUCGUUUGUCUGGAACCACAUGGCCUCUAAGCGCUGGUCCAUGUAUGGUCCUGCCGUCAUCGAGGGUGAUCUCGUAUUGGUCAAGAACGACCAGUCGGCUGCCGAUGCUGAUGCCGAGGAGGAUGACAACUGUUACGCUCAAGCUCGCGCACUCACGAAGGAAGACAUCGAGACUGGCAAAUACACCAUAUUUGACGUUGUUCUGCCCACUCCCGGAUACGAUGUCAUAUACCCUCGCAACGCUAUCGGCGAGGCUUAUGUGACAUUCAUGAAGAUGGAAGAAAAUGGCGGCUUGGACCCGUACGACAUGCGUCGCCGCCAGAAGGAGUUCAGCCUUAGCGGCAACUAUCGUCAUCUCCUGGGCCGAUUCAUUGUCGAGCCCCAAUAUGCCAUCCGGGUUUACAAUGACGACACGGAACAAAUGUAUCCUACAGACCUGGACUUCUGUAAAGUGGCGAAUGCAGUGAAGAAGGCCGCCAAGGCCAAGUCUCGCGAAGCAUCUCGGCCUGUUCUUGCUAACUGGGCGCACUUUGCCAACAACACUGAGCAAUACGACCAGGCAAUCACCAAUGAACGUCGCCGCAAGGCCUCCGAGUCGCCAGAGUCUGAUGGAGUUGUCAAGGCCAGGGAGACUUGGAUCCAGACCGGGCUUGACGGUAGUAAGAAGCGCGUUAAGAUCGCGCGUCACGAGCAAGAGUUUGAGACCAAGGUGCCUAUUGAGCAACUCGCCGAUAAGGUUGCCGAAGAUGCCACGAACGGUGGCGCCAUUUCCUCCACUGCCACUGAGACGCCGACGCUAGCCAAGGGAUUGUCGGAUCUCUAUUAUGAGUCGACCGCUCAACAAACGGUCAUCAAAUCAGAGGACAGCAUUAUCAAGCAGGAGGAUCUCAUCAUGCCUGACGAGUCCACGGCCCCCAAGGCUGAUAGUAAGGAUGUUGUUGCUCUUACCAACGAGACAACUGCCCAAAGCAACCAGCCCGCGGUCGCUGACCCGAUGGGCUGGUAUGGAUCGAGCAUGCCCACCCUUCCUGCUGCCGCUGAGACCGAAAAGUCCUUGGUCCCCCUCAACAACGAAAAGGGCGAUGAAACCGACACCAACAAGGCCGCCAGUCUGAUUGUCCCUGAUCUUCAUGCACCCUCGGAAAAUCCUUUGGCUUCUGUCGACAAUUCAGAGGUCAUCCGUAGCAGCCCUGAUGCCAGCAAGCUUGCGGUUAUUCUCAAGUUCCAGCUGCGAAGCAGCAAUUACGCCACUGUUGUGCUCCGUGAGCUCAUGGGCACUUUGGAUGAGGAUGUUGCCUCCAACGGAAACUAA